AUGAUCAGGUGCGGGUCUGAUCGGGAUUGGGAAGCCCCCUUUGGGCCAAUGUGCCGCUCUUCCUGUUGGGCUGAUCCUCUGACACAAGUUGCUCCUUACCUCAAGGUGCGUCCAGGCUGCUCUACUUCCAGUGCGGCCUGCUGGGACCCCUCCGCCUCUCCUGCUCAACUACCACAGUUCCUUCUCUCUCUUUCUCCAUUUCCUCCCACUCAUGAUGCCUGCAGGCUCUACUUCCAGUGCGGCCUGCGCACGUCCCACGCCUGCCCCGCACGCCGCACGGUGGACCUCAGCUGCUGGGACCCCUCCGCGCCUCUGGUGCUCAACUACCACUGCACGCACAACCACUUGCCGCACUACCACGCCGCUGGUGCUGCUACCACUCCUGCGCCACUGCCCAAGGACCGCGCAGUCAAGAAUUGCUUGGUCCGAGCGAUCAAGCGCGCUGUUGUCAAGGAGGAAGCAACGACGGCAAAGAGCGCUGGCGCUGCUAUUGCAGUCAGCACUGGCGGAAGGAGAAUCUGA